AUGUUCCGCUCCGCCAUUGUCCGUUCCUUGAAGGCUUCCGCCCCCCGUGUCAUCAAGACCCCGGCUCCCUUCCACAUCCGCAGCUCCCCCAUUGCUGCCCAGGUCCCUCAAUUCACUCCCUGCUUCGCUCAGGGUGUCCGCCUCUACUCCGCCCCUGCCGGCCUCAGCAAGAACGAGGCCGAGGGCCGGAUAGUCAACCUGCUCAAGAACUUCGACAAGGUCUCCGAUGCCAGCAAGAUUAACGGCGCUUCCCACUUCUCGAACGACCUUGGUCUGGACAGCCUGGACACCGUCGAGGUCGUGAUGGCCAUUGAGGAGGAGUUCAGCAUUGAGAUCCCCGACAAGGAGGCCGACCAGAUCCACAGCGUUGAGAAGGCUGUCGAGUACAUCCUGGCCCAGCCCGAUGCCCACUAA